AUGCAUGAAGUUCUCUUUUCUCUUCCAUCACUUCAGAAAAAAAAAAAAAAAGAAAAUUAAGAAGACUCGAGAUCACCAACCCAUCUUCAGAUUAUGACGGCUUUUGCUUUUCUUAUCAUCUUCAUGGUCCUUCUCUUUCUUCUCUGAAACUUCAGUAUUUCCCACUUUUUUGUUUCUUCUGUAAAUUUGAAAAAAGAAAGAAGAAGAAAAUGGACCUGUCUGUCAACACGAAGAGAAGGAACUUGCUUAAGGUUAUUGUUCUUGGAGAUAGUGGAGUGGGGAAGACUUCAUUGAUGAAUCAAUAUGUGUACAAUAAGUUCAGUCCACGGUACAAGGCUACAAUUGGUGCUGAUUUUGUCACAAAGGAGCUACAAAUUGAUGACAAAUUGGUCACUUUGCAAAUAUGGGACACAGCCGGGCAAGAAAGGUUUCAAAGUCUAGGAGCUGCAUUCUACAGAGGUGCCGAUUGCUGUGUUCUUGUUUAUGAUGUAAAUGUACUCAAAUCCUUCGAAUCGCUUCACAAUUGGCGUGAAGAAUUUCUCAAACAGGCAAAUCCAGCUGAUCCUGAAACAUUUCCCUUUAUAUUAAUUGGAAACAAGCUUGACAUAGAUGGAGGAAACAGCAGAGUGGUUCUUGAGAGACAAGCCAGAGAAUGGUGUGCUUCAAGAGGAAACAUGCCUUAUUUUGAGACCUCAGCAAAAGAACAUUACAACAUUGAUGAAGCUUUCCUUUGUGUUGCAAAAGUUGGCCUUGCCAAUGAACACCAACAAGACAUAUACUUCCAGGGCAUUUCUGAAACUGUUUCUGAAGUUGAGCAAAGAGGAGGAUGUGCAUGCUGAAGUAUAAAUUCCUAGCUUAGCUUAAUUAAAUAAAUUUAAAUAUUUAAUCCCUUCUUAAUUUUCUUGCUUUCCUUCCAAUUAUUCUUUCAGUAUAUAAAUUAUUCCUCCUCCUCUUCCUAUUAUUAUUAUUAUCAUUAAUCAAUUAAUCUUUUGUAUAGUAGCAUUUAUUCAAUAUAUAGACUUGUGUUUUAA